CUCUGUGCUGGAGUCCACACAGGCGGAGGUCUUACGAGGCAUUCGGAGUGCUGCAGAACUAUUGCUGUCUCAGUGUCAAUGGCUGCUUAUAUAGACUCCACAGCUCCUUUCUCUCUGGACGUGUACCAUGUCUCUGAGGAACUGGGGUUCAUUCUACCAGAGCCUCUGCACGAACUUCCUCCUUACUACCAACCAUGGAUGGACAUUGCCCAGCGAGUCCCAGAGCUUGUUCUUGCACAUGAGUUGCGAGCUCAUAUUAACAAGAUGCCUCUACUGAGCAUCAAGUUCCUGCAGAGGCAUAGGGAACUGCGACUGGCCCACCUGGCUCUCGGCGUCAUGACCAUGGGAUAUGUUUGGCAGGAGGGUGAGACCAACACUGUAGAGAUGCUGCCGCACACUUUGGCUGUUCCAUACUGGGAGCUGUCCCAACGCUUAGGACUUCCUCCAAUUCUCACCCAUGCUGAUGCGGUGCUGGCGAACUGGCGGAAGAAGGAUCCAGAGGGGCCUUUAGACAUAGAGAACUUGGAACUGGUGGUCAGUAUCCCUGGCGGUGAAAGUGUGCGGGGCUUCUUCAUUGUCACUCUAAUGGUGGAGCGAGCAGCAAUUCCUGCUCUGAGGAGCAUUCCUAAAGUGAUCAAUGGUGUGAGAUGUGGGGAUACUAAAGCUGUGGCCAAAGCCCUAGAAGACAUCAGCCAAUCUAUAGACGGCAUGGCAGAGUCCCUCAGACUAAUGCAAGCGCAUGUGGAUCCAUCUGUCUUCUAUGGCAUCAUGAGGAUAUUCUUGUCUGGGUGGAAAGACAACCCAUGUAUGCCAAACGGUCUGGUUUAUGAAGGUGUCCAGACAGAACCAAUGGAGUAUUCUGGAGGCAGUGCUGCACAAAGCAGCCUGUUGCAUUGCUUUGAUGAACUUCUGGGAGUUAAACAUGAAGCCAAAAGUGCCUUUCUAACAUGCAUGAGGAACUACAUGUUACCUGGUCACAAACAACUCAUUGGGGACAUCUCAUUGCAACCCUCCCUGAGGACUUUUGUGCAGCAGCAGGAGAGUGAGCAGCUAACCGUGGCCUUUCAGGAAUGUGUCACCAAACUGUUGGCUUUGCGCAGCUAUCAUAUCACCGUCGUUACUCACUUCAUCACAAUCCCCGCCGCUAAAGCCCGCCAACUACGGAAACAGAGCAGGGACGAAGAGGCGGGGAUGAUCAGCAAGGCCCCUGCUACGCUGGAGGAACGGGGUACAGGUGGCACUGGCAUCAUGAGCUUCUUAAAGACUGUGAGGAAUCAAACAAGAGACACCCUGCUGCCCAAGACAAGCAAAGAGAUGAAACACAAAAGCUGAUGCAGUGUCAGCUACAUCUCAUAAAACAAGCAGUAAAUCACAAGUGAUUACUCAGCCCAUGAUUUUAUAUGUCAUUAAAAAGAUUACUUUUGGCAAAGUAGGAGGCCCUUUUGCUUGGCGCACUUCAAGUUUUGUUUUUCCUGUAAACAAGCCUCAGUCGAAUAGACUUGAGUGAUACCCCUUAUUUAGUCCAAACCAUAAUUCAAACCAUUCCUGUUGCUUUCUAUUAAAUUCAACCACUAACCCCUCCUUUCAUUUGAACUGUAAUCCAAAAUCCAUUGUCUUGUCCAGAUCUAUGAAGCUGGAUACCAGAAAAUUCACAGAGUAGGUAAUUACUGAACCCAAAACUUCUUGGAAAGUUAUUUACAGAUUUAGUUCAAAUGGAGUUUAGAAGGACUGAAGAUGUUUACUAUUUAAUUAUACUUGGGACAUAAAGGGCAAAAUUGAAGUCAUGCUUUAGCUAAUGGAGUGAAUACAGUACUACAGAGGUGGCUUGAGAUAUAAGUGACCCGACUUAUGAGUUUUUCGAGAUACGAGCUGUUGCUUGGCCGUUUUUUGUUGUUGUUGUUUUGCGCUUUAUGGUGCCAGUGUCAGAUUGAAUUAGUAAAUAUUCGUUUAAAAGAAGGCUUCAACUGUUAGUGCCACUGUCAGUUUAAUUGUCAAACUGAACGUAAAACAGAGAAUUUAUGCAUGUAUUUUAAACAUCCACAUAGCCGUAAGUCCACUAGCUUAAGGCUAAUGCUAGCAUAGGCAAUGAUUAGCGUCAAUGUGGCUGUUAUAACCCUUGAAGCAACGGAUAUUUGAACACAAAUGGUGCAGAAACGCAUUUAGACAGACAAUAUAACAGUACUUGAAGUCAUAUACUCUAUUCUUUAUCCUCUGUGAAGAACGACGAUAUGAAUUCCACUCGAGUUCUAGGCAGGAAACUCCCCACUGCAAUAUGAUUGGCUGCUCCAUCCAGGCAGGAAAGUAAGUGUGAACUAAGUAUGAAUUGGCCUUUAUACCCCAGGUGGUCAAGGCGCUCACAAUAGAAUUAGCAGCAUAAUGUGCAUUGGAUUGAAUGAGAAAGUGUGACUAAAACGUUAAAUUUUACUAAAUUAUGUACUGUAUUUUGUAUAAGUAUAGUUUUAUGGAGUUAUAUUU